AUAUAAUGAAGGAAAACAGAAUUCCAAUUGGAAAGAAAAAACAAAAUAUAGAACUAAAAAAAAAUGAAGAGUUGGUCGUUGAUCAUGCCAUUUCAAAAACAAAGACAUUGAAGACAUCCAAAAUAUCUAAGAUAACAAAUAAAACCAAUGAAUGUAAACCUCUUAAGCUUGUCAAAAUCAAUGUUGAACCUACUGAUACAUCGUUAAUGAUUCCAAUUAAAAAACCAAAAAUAAUUCUAAGUACAAUUAAAGAAUUAAAAGAGUUUGAGGAAAAAUCCAACACUAAAACCACAUUGAAUAAAAUAAAAAUUGUAAAAGAUGAUACUUCAACAUUGAUUGAAAAAGAAAAUAAUUUACAAGGAGAUAUUGAUGUAGAAAAUCUUAAUAAUACAAUUGAUGUAAUGAAACCAGAAGUUCCUGAAAUUGUGCUAAGUCCUUUUGUUUGUACAACACGUGGCCAAAAGUGGAAACCAAGUCCUCGGAAACCUCCAAAAUUAUCUGAACUCUAUGAUAAAUAUGAAGAUAACACUGUUGCUGAUAAUUACAGGAAAAACUUGGACAGAAAAACUAUUGAACUACAGAAUAAAGUAAAAUAUUGGACAGAAUUAUCUUCUGGAAAUGGCAAUGAUAUUCCACAAUCUGUCAAAGAUGAAAUAGAUGUUGCUUGUGGACAAACAAAACUUUUGACAACUGAUAAAUUUAU